AAAAAUCGUCGGUAAUAUUUUUGAUACAAAAUAAUACCUCAGCGAUGCUGGACAACGCAUUUAUUACACCAUUUUAUCUUGAUAUAUCUAAUUAAUCUUGAAUAAGACAAUUUUGUGAUUGUUUAGUACAUUUUUUCACUAAUUAAAAAUUGGUGAUUUUUCGAAACACUGUUGGUAGACAUGUCCCGGCUCCCUUCAUAACUUACAAGUACGCCAUGAGCCAAGAUUUGUGAAAAGGGAGUGUAAUUUGUUUUGUGUUUUAAAUAUAAAAACCGAUUAAAGGUUCCUGAAUUUUGUUAACAGAUUUUAGAAUGUCUUCAGCUGGUUCGAGUGGAUCAGGGCGUGGGAGAGGUAGUCAGGCAGCUGUUGGGGAUCAAAAAGAAGCAAAAGAAAGUAAACCUAAUCCGAAAAUGUCCAAAGCUCUUGGAACUUCUGCGAAAAGGAUUCAAAAAGAAUUAGCAGAAAUCACUCUAGAUCCACCUCCAAAUUGUAGUGCUGGACCAAAGGGGGAGAACUUCUACGAAUGGGUAUCGACUAUUUUGGGCCCCCCAGGAUCCGUUUACGAAGGAGGAGUUUUUUUCUUGGAUAUACACUUUUCACCAGAAUAUCCAUUUAAGCCUCCCAAGGUGACUUUCCGCACUAGAAUUUACCAUUGCAAUAUCAACAGCCAAGGGGUUAUUUGUUUAGAUAUUUUGAAGGAUAAUUGGUCACCAGCCUUAACUAUAUCUAAGGUCUUAUUGUCAAUCUGUUCCCUGCUUACCGAUUGCAAUCCAGCUGAUCCUCUUGUAGGCAGUAUAGCGACGCAAUACCUGCAAAAUCGAGAAGAACACGAUCGUAUCGCACGAUUAUGGACUAAACGUUAUGCCACGUGAUUCAAUUAUGCUCUCAAAAUACAGCUUCACACUUCCAUAUUUCGAGGUCACUCCCUUUGCCAAAUCAAAUGGCAUAAAAUUUAUUCUUCAUCUUUAUCAUUUGUCAUUUAGGUCAGUCUGUGUGAGUAGAAAUGAAAGGAAUUCAUAUUAAAACAAAAUUUGUACGUUUAAUUUGUUUAAGUUGAUUCGUUUAUAGGAGAUGGUCCAUAUAUGUUGCGACGAACAUCACAAAGUGAUCGAUUUUCGUUUUUUUUUUUCUGAAACAUUUGUAUUGUUACGUUUUUUGAAAAAAAUUGAGAGAUAAUGUGCCAAAUUGUUAUAAUUUGCUUAAAAUUAUCCAUUGUAAUGUCAUUGUUUACUCAACGUAGAAAAUAUCAUUUCCUGAUUUGGUUUUUAAGUUUUCUGGUAGGAAAAGUUAAUUUAGUGUCUCUAUCGAUACGAAUCUAAAAGGAAAACGUGAAUUUUUUACUUUGUUAUUUAUUAGCAAAACUUUUUGUAAAGACUGAAUUGUACAACCCCCUGAACGGAGCAAUUUGAACAAUUUCUACGCGAUUUAUUUUUUAAAGGGAAAUCUACAGGCUGACCUAAUUAGUCUGUCUCCAUGUUUCACAUCCUUUAAGUUUGUUCAUAAUAUUUUUAGUUUAUAACGGAGUAGAUUUAAAUGCAAAUUUAUGUGAAUAAAAUAUAUUUUUUUUAAUAACUAAAUUAUAUAGUAUAGUCUUGUCGUUUUCUUUUUGUUCGAGUGUCCGGAAAAAUGUUUACGUAUUGAACAAAAAAUCUGUGAUUAUAAAUUAUGUAUUACGAUGGUAUAGUCCAUUCGUACGUAUAGAAAAGCACAUAUCCAUUGAGGGGAACUUCUCUUUUCCUUUUUUAAGUGUUUCGGUACCAUUUUUUUUCAUUAUUACGAAAUUAUUGCUUAUUCUCUCUCCCAUCGUUUUUCUUUUUUAAUCUAUCUUUCAAAUUUAGUUCAAUUAGCGAGGCUACAAGAAAAUUCCUCCCCGGAUAUUUAUUCUAAACUUAUUGGACCAAAAAAGGACACCAUAAAAAAUCUAACCUAAAACAUUUUUUCAUGAUGAUAGCAAAUUUUGAUAAAUAUAUUUAAACUCGAUCCAAUCACGAAUACAGGGCGAUUUAGAAAUUAACUUUCGAAUUAUGGUAUACAAAGUAUCUUUUAGAUCUAAUACGCUAUCGGACUGAGUAUAAUUCAUUUUUCUGGACACGUUUCUAAUAUAAUAAAACAAUUUUUUUUUCAGAAAAAAUGUUUUUAACAAACGGCAGCUCAUCUCCAUUUUUUUUUCAGUAAAAAUUUUAUACUUUUGCAUUAAACUCCGUGUCGACUACACACCCGAGCUUAACAAAUAAAUUGGACCGAAAUAUUGAAAUUACUGUCGAGAUUUUUGUUUAAAUAGUUUUGUGGUAGAAAAAAGGUUCAUUUUAUUUGUCUAGCUUCACCUACUUGUGACUUCUCUUCGUGCAAUUUAUCUCCGUAGAUUGCUUCUUGUUCGAAAUAUAAGGUCUCUUAAAACAUGACUUUGGAAAUAAGUUGGUUUUGAAUUUGUGGGACAAAUAUCAUGCUACAAUAGUUUUGGAUCACCCUGUGUGAUUAUUUCUAUCCUUGUCUGUUCAGGUGACCACAGAAACUAAUGUAAUUAGACGUUUUUGUUGCUUAUAGAAUUUUUUUAGGUUAGUUUUAUUUGCUGUUGUGACAAUUUAGGGAAAUUGCAUUCUAACCGUUGGUAGCAGUGGUGGAAUCGGUGUUGCAGAUUUAUUGUUUUUACAAAGCAAUUUGUAACUUGAUAAAAUGUGUUGAGGAAAUUGAAUUUUAAACGUUGGUAGUCGUUGAUGCAAGAUUUGUCACUUUAAAUUCUAUAUAAACUGAUAUAAUACAUACAACGUGGCAACGGUGCUAAAUGUUUAUCUUUACACUUAUACAGUCUUAAAAUCAUUAAUAAAAAUGUCUAAUUAUAACUUUUUGUUUAAUAAAUUCAA